AUUUAGUGAUGAAUACAUCUCUCUUCCUCAAGGAGGACAAGCCUCAGAAACACACACACACACACACACAUGAAGCCUCUCAGCAGAGUGACCCCAUGUUUUCUCUUCAUGUACAGGCGAUCGGACACACACUUACACGGGCUCGUCGUCACACACACACACACACCAUGCAUAACCAAACUUAGUGUAUUUAUCAAUUGCCUAGAAGUUAGAACCAUGAGAAAAAGGUUCACUUCCAUUCUUUCAAGGUAAAUCUAGAAAAAAAAAAAGUAAACACUGUUUAAAUGAAACAAAACCACAUAGUAAUAGGCCACUAGACGUGUGAAAUUAAUGUGGGAACAAAUAAAUCCUCUGAACCUGAACUGAGAAAGUCUAAAAGCGUUCUGUUGUCUGAUCGUCGAGCAUCGACUCGGGUUACAGAAACACUUCAGUCAUUCUGCUGGACUCGCACAUGUCAACAUAUUCUACACACCCGAACCUGCGAUGAAUUAUUGACGAGGUCCGCCUGAGAGCGUUUAAAGGGCCAGAUCACAUUUGAGAGGGAAGGAAGCCAUAGAGAUAAAAAGGAAAAGAAAAUUCAAUGAAUAAUAGAUGAGACGGAGACCUGUUGCUCUGCGAUGACAUGUAUAGAAGAAAUGAACAAACACACAUGUAGCCGAGCCAUCACUAAAGUCCGAGUUUAUGCUCUGUUAAAGUGAGCUCGAGGGGAUCGUUCUUCAGCUCGGAGAGCGGCGGAGAGAGCUGAGAAUGACCGGCCGGCACCCGUGCUUCUAUCGAGUUCCCCCGCAGGAGUUACACCACAGAACCCCGCAGCCCGGAGCCGUCAGCGCCAAGAGAACAUCCCCAGCUUUCUGUUAUGAGCCUGAUUUCAUAUGGAAGGACACCAAACUGGCGUCACUGGAGAGGAACAUUCGAGACCUGGAGGACGAGAUCCAAACCAUGAAGACAAACAGGCUUUUACACACAGACGGCCGAGGAGAAGAGCUCAGACACGUGGAGGUGUACAAGAACCACUCCAAGUUCAUGAAGAGCAAGAUUGAUCUGCUGAAACAGGAAGUAGUAAAGAAAGAUUCUGAUUCGACGACACUGCAAACUAAGCUCGAAGCGCUGACCAAUCAGAACUCAGACUGCAAACAGCACAUCGAGGUCCUGAAGGAGUCUCUGACAGCCAAAGAACACAGAGCGAGUGUCCUUCAGGCCGAGGUGGACGCUCUGCGUGUGCGUCUGGAGGAGAGAGAGUCGUUCCUCAACAGAAAGAGCAAACAGAUCCAGGAUCUUAUAGAAGAGAAGGGAACUCUGAACAGUGAGAUAUGUGACCUGAAGGACAUGCUGGAGGUCAAGGAGAAGAAGAUCCACAUCCUGCAGAAAAAGUCUGAGAACCUGCAGGAGCAGCUGAAGGACCGGGAGAAGCAGCUGGAGAGUCUGGGCAAGCGAGUGACGUCUCUGCAGAACGACUCCAGCAACUCCGACACCGCUCUCAUUGCACUGGAGGAGGCUCUCUCGGAGAAGAUCGAAGAGGCAGAAAUGCAUAAGAAUGAAAAUAAGGAGCUGAAAAGCAAACUCGCCUCCCUACAGGAGCGUCUCUCAGAGAAAGAGGUGUGUGAAGCGGAGUGCGUUGCUCGCUGGAACCCGGAGCUGUCGGAGCGAGUGCAGGUUCUCCAGACAGAAGCGGUCCGUCAUAAAGAGGAGGAGGAGAAGUGUAAUGCUGAAGUGCAGCGAGUUCUGGCUCUCCUGCGGGACCUGCAGUCUGAACGCCUGGAGCAGGACAAGAGGAUCCUCCAGCUGGAGAGACAAGUGAAGGAGAAGAACCAGAAUCCGUCUGCGAACCCGGGACAAACCGGAGAAGUGACUCCCAACACUCACACACAGUUGGAGGGUUUGAUGGCGGCUCUGGACAACACCAGGAGAGAGCUGGACGCCACGCGGCAGCGGCUUUCUUCUACACAGGACACUCUUUCUGCACACGACGCUGAGCUGAGCCGGUUACGAGACGACCACAGUCAACAGCUCGCAGAGAUCCUGCGCUUAAAACACCAGGCUCUUCUGGCCGCCGGAGGACAGGAUCCACGAGAACUGUCUCCCGCCAGGAACAUGUCGACCCCUGAAGACGUGAUGACCUUGAGGAGAGAGAAGGAGAGGUUCAGGAAUCAACAGGCUCAUAGUAGGAUGAAGCACAUGGCAGAACAUUAUGAAGAUGGACACAUUCGUCCACAGUAUUCCCAUCAUCCUUCUCCUCACGGACAGCAGCGGGAACUGAUCUCACCCCCGCCGGAGCCGGAGCAGGAUGACGAGGAUGGCAUAUGGGCCUGACAAACCAGAUUUGGGUCAUGCACUGAAGGUUCAGAACUGGGGCUCCAGGACACUGGACCCGAGCGUGAGCGGGUUUGACCCGCCAGAUCAUCACAACAAUGAGCGUUCUCCAAACCAAUCCUCCAUUCUCACCGAUGCAGUGCGAGAUGAAACUGAAGAAUCCUCACAAGUGCACGUCUCAACCAAGACCAGAGUUAUUCUGAAGGACUCGCACACUGAGGUACCCGUACAAACUCACUGAUGCAGCUGAAGGAUGAUCCGAGACUCUGGAUCUGAGCUUGAGGGGGAUUGACCCGCCAGAACACCAGUUCUCCUUGACAUCCAGAUAAAUGCAAGACUUGGAGGACUUGAGAAAGAAAAGGUGCUCCUGAACACCUCACAUCGGACAUGAUGUUUAAGGGCCAGAUUUACUAACAGUGCGGGUCGGCACAAACCCUCUUUCGGCCUUACAAACUGAGUUUCAGGAGUUGUUCUGUCAGUUUCUGAACAUUGAUCUGGAAGACAGUACCCGAACAUGUCGUUUGCUAACAUUAUUUCUACACACUUCCCAAUUAAACAAACUCUAUUCAACUCAUCAGUUUAUUAGAGACUUCAGGACCAGAUUAGAGAGGCAUCCAUGUGCCUUCAGGAGCAGUGUUGGUAAAACACGUCUGAGGUGUUCGAGCUUUCUGACUUCCUGCCUGUGUGAGAGAGAGUGUGUAUCGCAGUGUUUGGGUGGUGUGUUAGACUGCCUUGUAAAGUGUUGGAAGCGACCGUUUUCUAAAAGCAGCUUUUAAAAAAAAGUAUAAAGGUUUCCUGUUCGUGUUGUGAGCUAGAAUAUACUCUGGGGUCUCUUUAGAAAGUGGAGAUGCACAAAUUGUAAUAGAGCUUUACACAACAUCCUACUGUGUGUGUGUGUGUUUGUGUAUGUGUGUUUGAGAGAGAGAGAGAGAGAGAGAGAGAGAGAGAGAGACUGUUUGAUCACAAAUUUCAUAAUCCUAUUGUUUUGUUUUUGUACUUUUAUUACUUUUCUCUGGAUUUCUUUGAGGCGCGUCCUCUUUACCUCCGUUCAGAAACUGCUCUUCAGUCAUGUUGUGACCUGUGUGUUUGAGUCAACAGAUGACAAGAGGAGGAAGUGAACACCUCUUUCUCUCUCUGUCUGUGUGUGUGUGUGUGUGUGCAAGGGAGAGCAAGAGAGAGAUUAGAGGGGCUUUCUUU